UAGAUAUGAUAACCACAGAAGUCAUUCAAUGAGGUGCAGUGACGAGGGACAACGGCAAUAUGGAGACGAAAAUGAAAAGGAUAAACUUGGAUGACAUCCUGAGGGACGAACUGGGCCAGUUCGGGAUGUUCCAGCUGCGCACCUUGCUGCUGGCGCUGGUGAUAGUGAUCUUCAUGUCGUGGGGGGCCAACGAGUACGUCUUCACUACUGCCAGGAUUAAUACCAGAUGCCACAUCCCGGAAUGCGACGGAGAAAACCCUGAGUUUGCUCCCUCUUGGAUCUUGAACGCUGUUCCAGCCUCGGGGUCUUCCUUCGCCGGCUGUGAGCGGUUUGACGGGCUUUCUAAUGUCACGAAUCACGCUACUUGCCCUGCCGAACUGUUCAACAGAACUAGCAGAGUCGAUUGCGAAGAACGGCUUUAUGAGAAUACGCUGUCUGUGGUAUACGAUUAUGACUUGGGCUGUGAAGAGUGGCGUCGGACCAUAAUCGGCUCGAUCAGAACUUUUGGCACCCUGACUGCUCUCCCCAUCACUGGCUUCAUCUCCGACCGUUUCGGCCGCCGCAUAGCCCUGGUCUUCAACGCCCUGAACACCGCCUGGUUAGGAGCCGUCCGCUACUUCGCCGACACGUACGCUGGGUUCAUCAUCUCGGAGUUCGCUGAGGCUACCUUCGGUUCUGGUGGAUUUUCCUGCGCCUAUGUUAUAGUAACGGAGGUGGUAGGACCAAAGUACCGCGUGGCGGCGGGCGCGUCCAUGAAUAUGUUCUUCUCCGUGGGGCAGAUCACCAUGGGGCUGAUCGCGUGGGGCGUGCCCGAGUGGAAGAACCUCACCCUCACUCUCUACGUCCCUCAGCUGAUCAGCAUCGUCUACCUGUGGAUCAUCUCCGAGUCUGUACGCUGGUAUUUGAGCAAAGGUCGCUACGAAGAAGCAGAAAAAGUACUGAAGAAAAUAGCUCAUGUCAACAAACGACAACUUUCUGAGAAAUCACUGGCCUUACUGAGAGCGACUGCUGAAGAAGAGAAGGAGAAUGCGCUCAAGGAGAAAGCGGAGAAAGCUAGUGAGCCCUGGCUGGUGGUGCAAGUGUUCAGAAACAAGAAGAUAUUGCUGCGGUGCGCGAUAUCACCCGUCUGGUGGAUCUCGAACCUGUUCAUCUAUUACGGAAUGUCGAUCAACUCGGUGAACAUGUCUGGGAACCGUUACCACAACUACAUGGCUGUGUCGUCGGCGCAGAUCCCUGGGUAUUGGGCGGCCGUGCUGCUGCUAGACCGCUUGGGAAGGAGGCCGGUGUUGAUUAUGGCGUUCUGGAUCGGCGCCGCUUGCCAAAUCGCGUAUAUCUUCAUGCCUGAAGACUUGCCUGGGGCUGCCUGGACAGUGUACCUGAUAGGCACCUUCAGCAGCGCCAUGACGAUGACUGCGGUGUACGUGUACACCCUGGAACUGUACCCCACGAAGUACAGACAUUCCCUGUUCGCCUUCUCCUCGAUGAUUGGUCGCGUGGGGUCUAUACUGGCUCCGCUUACACCAGCUCUCGGUGAUCUUGUGUGGGACAAGUUGCCAUUUGCAUUAUUUGGCACCCUCGGUCUGAUAUCAGGGGCGCUCAUCUUCCUGACGCCGGAGACCCUGGGGUCCGCUCUGCCGGACACCUUCGAGCAGGCGGCGGACCUUGGUAACCAGAACAAGAAGCAUGUCGAAAUUUAGCGGCACAUCCCUAGUAGGGGUUCAUUGACCCCCUUGUGAUGUGUUAGUUAUUUUGAGCUUGAACUUAUGCGGGUGAGGGAUUUUUGCCACUUAAAGAAACGUAACGUUGUGGAACGUUAUAAAGUGUAUGUCUUUGGCCGGAACUCGAAGUAAAUGAUGCGCCUGUGAUAAUGACAAUGCAAAUUUUAUGAUAAGUGAAAUUAUUUUAGUUAGGUCUGUAAAGUGCGAGGUGCGUACCUAGAAUACUAUCUAUGUACCGAUACCUGAUCUAUGUACAGUAAACCGCAUAUCAAGUUACCUUACAUGGAACUCUAUGACGAGGUAAUAUAGGCAUUUGCAGUGAAUUUUGGCAGGUUGAUAUGCUGUUGACUGUACGCCUAUAUAACUGUAAGACUAUGAACGAUGCAGUUUCAUAGGAAAAAUGGUAGUCCGAAGUGUGGGGUAGGCAGUGAAUAUAGCAAUUGUGUUGAUCGACAACAGUUUUUCUAAUAGUGUAUUUAGAUUAUUUAUUUAAAUAUUCUCAAUUCUUGUACAAUUAAUGAUACAUAGUAAAGUAUGCAGCAGCUGUUAAUUAUUUGCAUAUUUUAUGUACAAAGUAUAUAAAUAAAAUAAUGCGGUCUUUUGUAUAAUUAGCUGGAUAAAGAGGUAAGAUAAUAUGAUAAUACAUUUUAUUGUUAAACCUGAACACAUAUUUGUCUCGGUGACGUUUAAUUGACCCUUUUGAAAGUACUUUCUGCGUUUGUUGUUUGUAAUAAAGUAUCCUAUUUUGUUU